CCGGAAGUGAAGCGGCCGAAUUACAGAUAUCAGGUGGAGAGCGGGAGAAGGCAGGAGCUGAGCGGCAGAUUGUAAGCUGCCAACCACCAGGACACACAGCAUUGACCAGUGCUGACCUCUUGGCCUAGUAUGGAGAAGUAUCACGUCCUGGAGCUGAUAGGAGAGGGGUCCUUUGGUAGAGUCUACAAAGGGAGAAGAAAAUACAGUGGAGAGGUUGUGGCUCUGAAGUUCAUCCCUAAAGUCGGGCGCUCAGAGAAGGAGCUGAAAGGCCUAAAGAGAGAAAUCCAGAUCAUGAGAGACUUGCGUCACCCUAACAUUGUGCGCAUGCUGGACAGCUGUGAGACUGAGAGAGAGGUUGUAGUGGUCACAGAAUAUGCAGAGGGAGAAUUGUUCCAGAUUCUGGAGGAUGAUGGCAGCCUGGCUGAAGAUUUAGUGAGGGACGUCUCCGCUCAACUUGUUUCUGCGUUAUAUUAUCUGCACUCUCAUCGGAUUCUGCACAGAGACAUGAAACCUCAGAACAUUUUACUGGGUAAAGAUGCAACGGUCAAACUCUGCGAUUUUGGCUUUGCUCGAGAACUGAGCCUGGAUACACUCAUGGUUCGAUCCAUAAAAGGGACUCCUCUCUACAUGUCACCUGAACUGGUCCUGGAACGGCCAUAUGAUCAUCGCUCUGACCUCUGGGCUCUCGGUUGCAUCGUCUAUGAGCUGCUUGUGGGAACACCUCCCUUCUACACGCACAGCAUAUUCCAGCUGGUCAGCAUCAUCACCCAGCAGCCCGUGCGAUGGCCUCGUGGGGUCUCUGCGGAACUAAAGGACUUUCUCCAGGGCCUCUUAACGAAGGAUCCGGCUCUGAGGCUUUCUUGGCCUGGACUGCUGAGGCAUCCCUUUAUUAAGGACAAAGUGAUAGUGUUAGAAGAUGGUUCAGUCAGCAGCCCAUUCACCUCUGCGCUCACUGAUGAGCAGCUGCAACUUCGGGACAGACUAUGUGACAGCUCUGCCCAGGCCAGCGUGCACUCUCGCAUCUUGAGCAAAGCCAGACAGAGAGUGGCCAAGAGGAAGGAGAGACAGGCUGUGCCCACAGCAAGUGGACUGAUGAGGGAGGGAGUUUGUCCUAAAGGAGCAGAAGAGAUGAUUAACCCUGACAUGGAGCCUAAAGUUCCUGGGAAUGAGGAGCCAAGAACAUCACUGAUGCCCAAGAAGAACCCAAUUUCUCAGGACUACGACCAAGAGUUCUACCAAAUCAAAAGAGAGCGCCGUAGCAUUGAAGAGGUGCACCUAGAGACUGAGGACAGUGAUGAUGAGUGGACCGUGUUACUGGAGGCGACAGACCCCUCCGUGGCUCAGCUGAGCACUCCUUUUCUCCUUCUCAAGGAUCCCAACUUCCGGAACAUGGUGUAUCGUCGGCUGCGGGACUGCUGCCCCCCGGUGUCUCUGGAAGCCGUAUCGCGCUUGCGGCCGGCUCUCCGUGUGACCUGUAACCUCCUGUCCUCCGGCUGUGACCCGCAGCUGCUCUCCGACCUCUGUGCAGAACUGCAGAUUCCUCACUUCCUUCUCCAGCUUAUAGAUCAGUCACUGGAAGCCAACCAACGGCAGUGCUCCUGGGCCGUCUCCUUCCUGUCUGAUCUUUUUGUGCUGCUGAAUUCCUAUUACUGUUUUUGGGGACUUCCGGAAUCUUCCAGAGAGCUGCAGGCGUGCUCCAGUGACUUCCUGCGUGUUCUGGAUGAGCUGCUGUGUAGUCCGGCAGGGACUGAAGAGGGACUGUUGGGGCAGAGCUUGCAGUGUUUGGUGACCCUGAGUGAUGGCACCAGCAGUGGUCGCCCAGAAAACUGUGCUCCGCUCUGCCAGGGCCUCGUGUCCCUGCACCCCCGCGUCCUGGACAAGAUGAUGGCGAGAUGCCAGCCCGCAGAGGACAGCGCCGGCCGCUCAUCUUAUCUCUUUACUUGGGCCUUGGCUGCUCUAUGUGAUGUCCCUGCGUCAGCAGAGCAGCGACUACUCCGAAAGCAGGUCUCGCUUUAUGUCUCAGAGAAGCUGCUGCUGGACUCGGGCAGAACUCUUUCUCAUUUUCUCACUGGAUUGGGCCAAGAAUCCAGCAUCCUCAGCCACCUCAAGAUUUUAUAUGCCUGCUGUCAUGCCAGUUCAGAAGUGUGCCAGCGCCUGGCGAAGGAUUCCUCUGCGCUGCACAAUAUCAUCAUCUUCUUCAGUGGGGAGGUCAAGCUGUGGGAUGCUUCGCGGGUCCAGGCCGCAGAGCUGUCUCUGUUACUCACUUCUCUACUUGCCCUACGUCUGCAGACUCUUCCGGAUGAGGUGCUGGCUUCAUCAGUGCCGCUGUGUCAUCUGCUCUCCUCGGACGUCCCGUCCCUCCUGGCUGCAGCCACCAUCCUUGCUGUUUCUCUUCAUGAUUGGGGUGAAGCCCUAACGCUGCCACAUGAUGCCCUGCUGUCCGUGGUGAGGAGGUCUCUGUCACAGGAGCCUCGGAUGCUCUGCAGCCCGCCCAUGGGCUCCGGAUUGUACGAUUGGACAUUCCGCCUUCUUCUUCAGCAGCUGACCCAGGACCCCCAGCUUUUCCCUGCUGUGUCUGAUGAGGGCGCUGUGCUGUGGCAGAGUGUGUGCUUCCUGCUUCGAUUCUCCAGUUUAAGAGCGCCGCUGGAAGGAGACACGCCCCGAGAGGACGAGUUUCAGGAGCCACAAUGGAGACUUCUCUCUGCACAAGGACUUGUGACGUUCCUGCACUUGGCUCUCAUCACCUCCGUUCAGGACCCCAACCAUUUUCUUGGUCUGAUUGGGAGACCUGGAAGUCUUGUAUUGCCUGCUUUAACCCGGCUGGUGCAUCCUGGAUUUCUACAUCAGGUGAUUGAUGUCUGCCAGGCUUCUGGUUGGGACGUUCCUUUGACUCUUUUGGACAUUGUCAAUCUUGUAUCUCAGCUCAUGUGUGUUCCUCUGUCUCUGGACGUCUCUACUGACGCCAUAACUGAGAUUCUGAGAAGGCUGAGACAAGAAGAAGUGGUUGCUUCUAUCCUUCAGGUGUGUCCAUUGCUCCCAGAAGGUCAGGUGGAGACACCGCUUUGUCUUCUUAGCCGACUUGUUCUCAUGGAGGACGCGUUCUUGGCACAGUGCUGCUCGAAGAUGACUUCUUCAGAGGAUGUGGUGUCGUGGAUGAGACGAGCUGUGUGGUCUGACUCUGACUGUGUGAUCAUUGAGCUCUUGACUCUAUUCAGUCAUUUAAUUCGAGCGUCUCCCACAAACUCCUCGCUGGUUCAGAGAGUUGUAGGAGACUGGGACCAGCUGCUCCUCCAGCACCUUCAGACUGCGAACGCAGAGCUGAGAGCAGCUUCCUGUUCUUUGGCUGGAAACCUCUCACGACUUGGAGAAUCCCUUUCAGCUGCGCUGGUGGAAAACCUUGCACACUGUCUGUCCGAUCCAGAUAACCGAGUGAGAAGAUCAGCAGCGUUCGCUGUGGGCAAUUGUGUUUUCCAUAAGUCCUAUACUGGAGACAGUGGAUCCUGGGUUUCAGUUGCAGCAUCUCAGUUACUGAUGUUAUUACGGGACCCACAAGCAAAGAUUCGAGUCCAUGCAGCCACGGCACUUGGAAACCUGGGGGCAUUGUUCUGUGAUGGAGCAGAGCUUCCUGCCCUUGUGAUGAAGGUGCCGCAGUCACUGCUUCAGGCAGCUUGUACCGACCAAGAAGAGCCAGUGCGGUUGGCAUCUGUCAUCGCACUCCGCAGUCUCAGUGGCAUUUCUAACAUCUGCCAGCAGCUCUGCGCUCUGAAUGCGGGUACGAAACUGUCGGCAUCUUUGACUAGUGACAAGCGGUUGUCACCCAGGGCUCCCUCCCUCGCUCACCACUGUCAUAGACUGCUCCAGCAGCUUGCCUCAGAACCACCCGUGACAGCUGGAGCCGCCUCGCCAAAGGAAACUCCAAGAAUAAGUCCCUGAAUAGACUGAGCCACCGUUCUUCCACCCUGGGGGUAGAUGUGAUGAUCCGUAAAUGAAGUCUAUUAUCAGGGAACUUACAUGUAUAUAAUAAAUGCAGUGCAACACAACGGCCGCGAGAGGAUAGAAAGUG